AUGGAGAGUGCGGGGAGAGCAUUGAGCUUCUGGGCAUAUCAAUCAACACAGGAAAUACCGCGGGAGAUGCUGACGCAGAGAUUGAGAGUCUUCAAGAGAAGCUACAAGGCAAGUUUUCCAAUGGAACUGACCAUGCUGUCUUCGAGCAUGCUUAUUGAUGGUACAGUAGCCCUUUCGGACGACUGCGACGACGUGCGACGCAAGCACGAAGAGCUUGCACAUGCCUACCAAGACAAGUGCCGUAAGCUUACACAGGUCCAGGAGCUCUACGACCGGGUGAAGAGGAAAGCCGAGCUAGGACAGAUGGAGGCUGCUGCGGUGGACGCUGUUGCUUCAACUCUCCAGUUCGGUACACGCGUGCCCGAAUACAAUAAGAAUGAAUCGGCCGCGAGGCUCAACAUCUACGAGCAGCAAUCAGACCCUGCGCACCGCGCUCCUCCUUAUACCACCAGGACGGACCGUCAGUACCAGAGCGCACACGCUAAUGGAGGCUCAGGGACAUUUCGUGGGGAUUUGGCCUGGUCAAGGAGCGGACCCGCGCAAGGCGGCGAUGUACAGACUCCGCGCGGAACCCCCCGGACGCAUGGUGUUGAUAUCGGGGCCGAGAGUCAUGCUAGAUUCGGGUCGUCGGCGGCUUCCAAGCCGGCUGUACGUACGUCUUCAAGUCGAGGCAUCUCUGGCGUACUUGGCAAUGCUUCAAAUAUAAGAAACCAACCGGUUCUUCGUGGUCAUGGACUAGGUCUCGGACUCUCCUCUGGCAUCAGAACCAGUCACACCAGUCAAGUCAACCAUGGCAGCCACAACAGUCAUGGUUCGGAGGAACGCAACGCAUAUCAGUUAUAUGCCCGAGAAUUUGACCAUAUGCCUGGCCCAUGA